AUGUCGGCUUCAACCUCGACCGCGAGUUCGAAGGGGAGCAGCACCCCAACUGCGACUGCUGACAAGUCUGCCAUUGACACAAAGGCACACAGCACUCCUGCCACGUCCGAAGAUGAGGAUGAGGACAUGGACUCCGGCUCAGAGACCCAGUUCGUCCCUGCGGUUUACCUCGCCGACAGCGACGACGAAGAAGACGACGGCCACAGAUACCCCGCCAUCAACGACACUAUACGUGCAAUCGCGGCAUUUAAGAAUACCGACUUAUCCAAGUACCCGAUCGACGUGAAGAUCAAGCCGCUCCGAGAUGAGCCCUACGGCUACGGGGAACACGAGCAAUUCGACACCUGGAAAGUCGGUAUUGAAGUCAUUCUCCGACUCUACAUGGUUUGGCCGGUGGUUACCUUUAACAUAAGACGGCUUCCCAGGAAGGGAGAGGCUUGUAUUCACAUUCGUGAUUCCUACCCCCGUCUCCCUCAAUGGCGGGUACAUGAGGAACGCAUGCUCAAUGUGGCUACGGCCCUGAUCUAUGCGAAUCUCGACGAGGAGGUCCGCGCUAAUGAGUAUGUUAUUAAGGAACUUGAGUACCGUGAUCCUCACUCUUUGAUGAUUGGACUUGUUGACUCGUAUGGGCCUAAUCUUGAUGAUAUGGAAGAUGACAGUGAGGAUGACAGCGAGGAUGAGACUGGAGAUACAGUGAAGACUGACUCCAAGUGA